UGCCAAUCGCCCUCUGUUUUGCUUCGUGCCUUGGCAUUGCUGUCCAGAAACACCCCCACAAGAACAUUACCCACUAAAAUCUCUACUGAGAUUGACACUCCACCCCAGAGUCACAGACCCAAUCCGAUCUUGGGUUAGAGAGAGAGAGAGAGAAGAUGGCGGUGGCCGUCGCGUUUGGUCACUCCGCCGCCUUCUCCAAAGCCCUGCUCUUUCUCCACCGGAACGGCGGGAGGAGCUUCACCGCGUUCUCGGCGCCUUACUCGUCGUCCGCGACCGCCGCUUCUUCUUCCUCGGCGUUUCCUUCUGCUGCUGACAAGGUUCGCCGCCAGAAAUGGAGGGUUCCCGUCGCUUCGGUGCUUGAGCGAGGUGGCGUCAAGAUCGCUAGAGACGAUGUCGUGCGAGAUGAGCCUACAAACAAUAUCCCAGACACUAUAUUUACAAAACUCGGACAGCAGCUUCACAGAAGGAGCCAACAUCCAAUAGGAAUUUUGAAGAAUGCAAUACAUAAUUACUUUGAUUCUAAUUACGAGAACAAGUUUGACAAGUUUGAUGAUCUCUGUCCAAUCGUCACUGUAAAACAGAAUUUUGAUGAUGUACUGGUUCCUGCCGAUCAUGUAAGCCGGAGCUACAAUGACACAUAUUACAUUGACCCUCAAACAGUUUUGAGGUGCCAUACAAGUGCUCAUCAAGCAGAGCUUUUAAGCAAAGGUUACACACAAUUCCUUGUUACGGGAGAUGUUUAUCGAAGAGAUUCUAUUGACUCAACGCACUACCCAGUUUUUCAUCAGAUGGAAGGUGUUCGUGUUUUUUCUCCGAAUGAUUGGGAGUCAUCUGGCCAGGAUGGCACUGCUUAUGCAGCAGAGGAUUUAAAGAAAUGUUUGGAAGGAUUGGCACGCCACUUAUUUGGUGCUGUUGAAAUGCGCUGGAUUGAUACAUAUUUCCCAUUUACUGAUCCAUCAUUUGAGCUUGAGAUAUAUUUUCAGGAAAAGUGGCUCGAAGUUUUGGGCUGUGGUGUUACUGAACAAGAAAUUCUGAAGAGAAGUGGUAACUCAAAUAAUGUUGCUUGGGCAUUUGGACUUGGAUUAGAGCGACUUGCUAUGGUUUUAUUUGACAUACCAGAUAUUCGGCUUUUCUGGACAACUGAUGAGCGAUUUACCUCUCAGUUCUCUGAAGGCCAGCUUGGUGUCAAAUUCAAGCCAUUUUCAAAGUUUCCUCCUUGUUACAAGGACAUGAGCUUCUGGAUCAAUGAGUCUUUUACUGAAAACAAUCUGUGUGAAGUGAUCAGAGGCAUUGCCGGCGAUCUCGUUGAGGAGGUAUGCUUGAUUGAUAAUUUCACAAACAAGAAGGGAAUGACCAGCCAUUGCUACAUUGCAUAUCGAUCCAUGGAGCGUUCACUGACAGACGAAGAAAUCAAUGAGUUGCAGUGGAAGGUGAGAGAACAGGUGGAGAGCAAGUUAAAUGUGAUCCUAAGAUGAGCCUCCCUGGCGCCGUACUGUAGAUUUUCUCAUAAUCCUUCCUCUAAUUUGCAUAAAGUUAAAAGGCUUUCCAUUGGCACCCUGUAGAUCCAUGUCAUUUUUCCCAUAGCAGCGUCUUGUUUUACCUCUUUCUAAUGCAAUGUGUAUCCCGCUUAAUGAUUUCCGUUCUAUGAAUGAAAAUGUGAACGUGCAAGGAUUAUCCAGGUCGGGGUUUAGCGAGCUUCGAUGCCGACAGGGUGUGCAGACCAUUCGGCCGCAAAUUUGCCGAGUGCACAUUGUGAUCUAGAUGAGUUGCCCCACAUAACAAUGGAACUGGCCCUUUGUACGAACGAUGAAGGAUGUUUUCUGAUCAACGGGAUAUGGCAUUGCAGCUAUGUUGUA